AUGCCCAUAAUACCACCAAAUCCAAACGAAAGUGCUAGCUAUAGCAGUUUAUCGCCAUCUAAAAUCAUAUCGAGAAAGCCGUCGUUUAGAGCAGAUAGCUUCGAUAAUCACGAUUCAAAACCACAUAAAGCAAGCAUGACAUCGCCUACAACAUACACACCCACAACUCAUAAAACAAAAACUGUUGAAGCUCUGAUCUAUAUCCUCGGAUGGUACAUUUUUUCAUUAUCCAUUUCCAUAUAUAAUAAGUGGAUGUUUGGGAAUGGGCUUAAUUUUAAAUUUCCAAUAUUGGUUACCUCUUUCCACCAAUUUUGCUUAAUGAUUCUAAGCGGGCUGGUAUUAUGGAUAAAGCCGAAGUUGAGGCCUACGAUAAAUAUGAAGAGCCAUGAUAGUAAUAAUGUCAAUCGAUCUGGUAAUCUGAAUUCGAAAUUCAUAUCUUUUUUGUCUAUUUUCAGAAUUGACUUGUUCACAUAUUUAGAGCAAAUAUUUCCUUGUUCGCUUGCAUCUGCUGGUGACAUUGGGUUAUCCAAUGUAUCAUUCAAGUUCAUUUCUUUAUCGUUAUAUACUAUGUUGAAGGCAUCGUCACUAAUGUUUGUAUUGCUUUUCGGGUUACUUUUUCGUUUGGAAAAAUUUCAUUGGAGAUUAUUGGUCAUCGUCUUAAUAAUGACAGGUUCGGUAAUUAUGAUGGUCAAGAAGCCUCAAAACGUUGGGCUGGUUCUGACUCCAGAAGAUGAUCGCACUAAUUUCGGAAUAUUGUUGGUUCUUGGUGCCUCCAUGAUGUCUGGAUUAAGAUGGUCAUUUACUCAAAUUUUAUUGAAACAUAAUGACUAUACGAACAACUCAAUUUCAACAAUAUUCUACAUUUCACCUUCCAUGUGUUUAACAUUGUUUCUAUUUGGAUUGGGCUUUGAAGGAUGGUCUAACUUUAUUCAAUCCCCUAUCUGGGAAUUACAAGGUGUAUUUGGAACAAUUUUGCUCAUACUUAUACCAGGUAUCUUAGCAUUUAUGAUGACUUUGUGUGAAUUUAAGCUAUUAUCAGUGGCACAAGUUAUUACAUUAUCAAUAGCAGGGAUUUUUAAGGAGCUUUUAACUAUUAUUCUAAGUGCUUUGAUUUUCGGAGACAAGUUGAGUUUUAUUAACUGCUUAGGAUUAUUGAUUACCUUUGUUGAUAUUAUUUGGUACAACUAUUACAGAUUCAAAGAAAACCAAAGCAAAGAAUUAGAGGGAUAUUCAAGCUUAAAUGGCAAGGAUGAAACUGAAGACGACGAAGUGUCAGUUGGCUCGUCAAAAGUGGACAUAAAUUCAAAUUCAAAAGUUGAUAGCAUAGAAAUGAAAAAGUUAUAG